AUUGCUACUCCUAUAUUGCUACUUCCAUAACUAUAACCAUCACAACAACUGUUCCUUAACCAUUCAAUUCCCCUUCAACCAUGUUCGAGUCGCUAGUAGCUACUCUCUUGAACAGGUUCCUCGGAGCUUACAUUGAAAACUUCGAUCCUAAACAAUUAAAUAUCGGGAUUUGGUCAGGAGAUGUUAAGCUAAAGAAUUUAAGACUUAAGAAAGAAUCUCUUGAUAAAUUUAAAUUACCCAUUGAUGUGAAAUUUGGUCAUGUGGGUGAAUUGACACUUCAGAUUCCUUGGUCUAACCUUAAGGGGAAACCCGUUCGAGUUAUUAUUGAAGAUGUAUAUGUAUUAGCAUCACCAAUUAUCCUUGAAGAGUAUGAUGAAGAAGAAGAGAAGGCUCGACAAAUUCAAGUUAAGUUAGAUAAAUUGGCUGAUUUAGAUACUAUAGAACAAGCCACUCAUCAGAAUGCUGAUUUAGCUGCAGAAACCACUACUAAUGAAACAUUUACUGAAUCACUUAUAACUAAAAUUGUUGAUAAUUUACAAGUUACUAUAAAGAAUAUUCAUAUUCGAUAUGAAGAUGAAACUGUAUUAACAGAAAAUCCUUAUGCAGUGGGUCUUACCCUUACAGAGUUACUGGCAGUGUCCACUGAUGAGUCGUGGCAGCCCAGUUUCAUAGCUAUAACUCAACAAUUGACUCGUAAAUUAUUAACUCUUCAAAGUCUUAGUUGUUAUAUGACUACUGAUGCUUCAUCUAUCUUUACUACUGAUCAUGAAGAAUUACUUGCUCGAUUCCAAUCAUCACUAGAAAACAAUAAUAAUGAUUCUCUGAUACAAUUACAAUACUUAUUAAAGCCAGUUUCUGGUUCAGGUAAAGUCACUAUUCAUAAAGCAGGUACUACAGAAAAGUAUCCUCAUAUCAAAGCAGAUCUCUUCUUUGAAGAAUUUGGUUUAGAAUUGGAUUCUCAACAGUAUCACGAUUUACUCUGGUCAGCCUCCAAAUUCCAUUGGUAUAUAAAGACAUAUAAAUUCCGGAAAUUAAGACCUAAAGUAACCGUUGAAGAAGAUCCUAAACAAUGGUUUCAAUUUGCAGCUCAAUGUAUCUUAAAGGAGAUUCAUGAUAAGAAUUAUCAAUGGUCAUGGGCGCUGUUUGCUAAGCGAAGAGAUCAGAGAAAGGCAUACAUUCGACUCUAUAAAGCUAAACUAUUGAAUACUCUAAAGGAUACUGAGAAAGUAGAAUUAACGGAAUUGGAAGAGGUAUUACCGUACGAGGAUAUAAAAUUCUACCGAUCCCUCACUAAACAGGAGAUGAGACAAGAAAAGAGACUCAUGGGAACUCUCAGUGUACCAGUUCAACCUACUGAGUCAUAUGUGGGAUGGGUAUCAUCCUGUGAUCCCACCACCACCACCAAUGAUGAUGGUGAGCUUGAUCUCUCCCUUACUGACGAACAGAGACAAGCCUUAUAUGAUGCCAUAGACUACGACGACAAACAAGUAACCGAAGCCAUUGAUAUCCCUCGCGACAGAGUCAAACUCCAACUCGUAACCUCGCUUGCUCGAGGAGGAAUCUCCAUUAAACACCAUAACCAUCCGACCAAUCUCGCUGAAAUUGUAUUUGAAGGUUGUACCACGCAAUGGUUCCAGAGACCCGACUCAUUCCUCACUACUUUCCAAUUGGAUGAGUUCAGAGUAGAGGAUGGAACAGGCACUACACUCUAUAAACAUAUAGUCAGUGUCAAACAACUCCAUUCUCAUCUCCAUGAACAGGCCAAUUCCAAUUCCCAACCUUUGACUGAUGAUCCAUUCUUCCAAAUCUCAUUUGAGAAUAAUCCACUUGAUCAAUCAGCUGAUUCCACUUUACUUGGUAAAUUAAAGUCCAUGACUAUCUUCUAUAAUCCUACAUUUAUUAAUGAAAUCAUUAAGUUUUUCACUCCUCCAAAGAUUCAUCUUGAUACUAUAGGAGCUAUUAUGAAUGCAGCUGAAGCCACUAUGGAGGGACUUACUAGUCAAACUCGAAUUGGAUUACAAUAUGCUUUGGAAGAGCAUAAGACUAUGAAUGUUAAGCUUGAUUUACAAGCUCCAUUAGUCAUAUUACCAUUAGAACCGGCUAAUUUCCAAUCCCCCGUAGCUAUCUUAGAUGCUGGACAUAUUAGUGUUGUUAGUGAUUUAGUAGAUAAAGCCAAGAUUGAAGAAUUUAAGGCCAAAGAGCAGUAUACUGAAGAAGAUUGGCAACAAUUGAAUACUCUAAUGUAUGAUAAAUUCAGUCUUAAACUUGAAGAUGCCCAGUUUUUGGUGGGUCUGGAUAUUAAGAGUACUAUGGAACAACUUCAUAAUGAUUCGGCCACUACCAGACUGACACUAAUGUUGGAUAAGUUGAAUUUAAAUCUUAUGCUUGGGAUCUCUAUCUUACCGGAUGCUAUCAAUUUAGCGAGAUUUAAAGUGGGUGGAGAAGUACCACUGAUUCAUCUUGCUAUUAAUGACUUUCAGUAUAAGACCAUUAUGAAGAUAAUCGAUGCGGCUAUGCCGGAUUUUAGUAAUUCCGAAUCAGAAGAAUCGAGUUUAUUUAAUGCAUACGGUAGUGGACCACUUCCACAAAUUGAAGAACUUGAAGAUGAAAAGACUGAAGAUGAUAAGGAACUGAAGGUAGUUACUUCUCAACAGCAUAUGUUUGAGUUUGACUUCAAUGUAGGACUUGUCCAUAUCCAAUUAUCACGAUGUGUGGAUGCUCAUACGUUAAGAAUAGAAGCAUUAAUUGACUUAAUAGGCCAUAAUUUGAAUAUGAAUUUCUAUAAGCAACUCAAUGAUAUGCAUCUCGACUUAACACUUGGUGAUAUAAGUCUUGUGGAUCGAAUGGACCGAUCAGGAGUGGCUGAAUUUGAGAAAUUGAUGUCAUCUACUGAUCCUCAUAAUCAAUUAUUUAAGCUUGAAUAUAGUAGAAAUCUAAGGAUUGUUGAGUUUAAUGGUAAAGAGAUUGAAGUAUAUGAUCAAGAGAUUAAUUUAGAUAUUGCUGCUGUUAAGGUAGUAGUCACUCGAAAGUCACUCUUGAGUGUUCUUAACUUUAUUCUUAAUACAUUUACUGAUCCUAAUGCUGAAGCUAGUCCUGCAGAUGAAUUGAAUCAUAAUGAUACUGCUGAUGAAGAGACAGGACCUCAGAAGAUUGUAGUCCUGCUUAAUUUGGCAGGGAUAGUUAUGGUGCUUAAUGAAGAUGGACUUAAACUUGCCACUAUAGAACUUAGUACGGCUCAUAUUGAUGUUCUUGUAGUACCAGAAGCCAUGGAAGUAUGUGCUAAGUUAGGGGCAUUAACUGUUCAUGAUGAUAUCCCCAAUGGAACUCCAUCAGACUCAGAGUUACGCCAACUUAUCAGUAUGAAUGGAGAUAAUUUAGCUGAAUUAACCUAUAAAACUUUCGAUAGAACCACUAAUACUGAAGCCUAUGAUUCAUUAGUUCAAUUCAAAACUGGUGCUAUAGCCAUAACUUUUAUAGAACAUUCAGUCAAUCGAAUAAUCUCUUAUUUGGCUCAUUUUCUACAAAUGAAAGCCAUCUAUGAUCGAGCUAGAGAUGCUGCCAUUAAUCAGGCUCAGAUGGAUGAUGCAAAGUAUAAGUUUGAUAUUCUUGUAGAUGCUCCUACCAUUGUAUUUCCAGCCAUUACUAAUGCCACUACUACGACGUCUACUAACUAUAAAUUCGAAAAAGUCAUAGCUAAUCUUGGAGAAAUCUUUAUGUCCAACGAGUAUAUAAAUCAUGAAAAUGUUAUAAGUGCCGGGAUUAGAAAUGUGAGUCUUUCGUCUGAGUUCCAUUAUGAUCCAGUAACUCAAACGGCUCAUAUUGUUGAUGAUUUGGAUAUGUCAUUCACGGUCAAGUAUCAAGAAGAGUAUACUGAACAAGUGCCUACUAUUGAUAUCACUGGGAGAAUGCCUCAUAUUCAACUCCAUUUGACAGACCAUCAGGUUCAGUACUUGAUGAAUAUCUCCAAUAGUAUCGCCAGUGCCUUUACAGUCGAUAGUUGGAGUGAUACCGAAGAUAUUGAAGUGGAUGCUGAGAAUGCUAAUGCCGUAAUUAAACAUGAUACUAUAGUACAACGAGCUCGACAUCCGCUGCUUAGUUGGCCUCAACCUCAGCAUAAUGAGACGGUAGAGAUCCCUCCAUCUCAUACAUACGUACAACUCCAAUUCACUAUCCCUAGUUUUGCCAUAACUAUCUAUAACCAUACCGAUCUAGAAGUCAUUGAUUCAGGGCAAUUGGCUAAGUUUGAACUUAGUCAGAUCGAACUUAACGCCACUAUAACUCAUAAUACUCACUUCUCCACGGCCUUCCAAGUCGGCUCGUUUGCUAUUCGAGAUAUUAGACCUCAUUCAUCUAAUAAGUUUGCUGAUCUUAUGCCUGUUCAACAGAGCCAUACCCAGCUUCAGAUGAGUGCUGUUUCCGAUGGGAAUCCAGAGAAUAAGAACAUUACGGUGAUGCUUACCGUAGACACACCACAGCUCAUUGUUGUGCUUGACUUUCUCUUUGAACUUCAGACAUUUGUUAGUCAUAGUUUACAGAAAGAUAGUGUUGAACUUAGUGAAACUGAUGCUGGUAAUGCUAAUGGUAAUGGUAAUGGUAAUGGCAGUAGUGCUCGUAUUGAAUCUGGUAGUGCAACGCUUGGUAGUAAACCACCAUCAACACCACCAUCAACACCACCUAAAGUCGGCUAUUCCAUAAAUAUCACCAAUCCCUCAAUAAUCCUCGUGGCUGAUCUGGCCCAUAGUGAUACUGAAGCCAUAGUAUUCAAGAUCGAACAGCUCUUAAUCACCAGCCAGAACGUGAUAUCGUUAGCAGCCCGCAAUAUCGGGCUCUAUAUGACGGCUAUGAAUGAAACUGAUACGACUAAUUAUCGAAUUAUUGAUGACUUUUCUGUAUCAUUUGCCUAUGAUGCACGGGACUCGACACCUACAGCAUUCUUAACCAACAUCCAGACAUCCAUCGAUGCCCUUUUGGUAAGAGUAUCACUUCGAGAUAUCCGUCUAGCACUCAGUAUCUUUAAUCGAGCUACUGAACUCUAUACAGCAUCUCAAGGUCCCCAAGUCAAGCCUGAUGAUGAGUAUACGUUACUGGAUCAGUUAAGACAGCGUUUAGCCCAUUUACCUAGUCUUCUUAGUCAAGAACCACUUACAGAAGACUCACCAAAAUCGACAAAACAAUCACCCCAAGUGAUAGUUAAAGGUGAAGAAUUCAAUGCAUCUAUUGGAGGAAUUCGGUUUGUCCUUAUUGGAGAUAUCCAUGAACUUCCUGUAUUGGAUAUGAAUGUCAAACCGUUUGAAAUCAGAGCCAUUAAUUGGUCGACUGAUCUCAAUGCUGAAGCAUACAUUGAACUGUAUGUCAAUAUCUAUAAUUACUCCCAAUCUGCCUGGGAACCUCUUAUAGAACCAUGGCCCAUUUCCAUCUAUGCAUCCAAGACUAUGGGACCAUCUCUGCAAUUACUGAUUGAAGUAUCAUCACGAGAAUUGGCAGAAAUCACCGUAACUUCUCGAUCAGUAGCUCUUCUUUCUCAGAUUACCAGUCUCUUGGCCAGUGAUCAUAAGUUGAAACCUCGAGGAGAGGAUAAUCCGUAUGUGAUAGUCAAUGAGACAGGGUAUGAUGUAGAAGUAUGGGCUGAUCAUGAUACCACCGCCACCACCAAAGCCACGAGAAGUAUCCAACAAGAUAGUCAAAUCUCAUGGGCCUUUGAAGACUGGCGAGCAGUAAGACAGAACUUAGAUUCUAAUAAUCGUAUAGGAGUACUUGGAGUUAAAUUGGUUGAUUCUCCAUAUGAUGAAGUCCGUAAUAUAGCAGCUACCGGAGAAGGAGAAGAAGUGAUGGUACUUUAUCCUGCCGUCGAUAGUAUCCAUAAUCGAUUAGUAUGUGAGAUUGUCCUUGGCACUGAUAAUGUCAAGACCAUCUACUUACGGUCGACGGUAAGGAUUCAGAAUGAUGCCGAUGUGGCCAUAGUGGUCAAGAUUAAUCAACAACAAGAACUUGUGAUUGAAUCUAAGGCCACUAAAUCAUUACCCAUAAGCUGCGUAUAUGCCAGUACUCUCCAGAUAAGACCUCACAUCACCACCAAUUACCACUGGAGUGAUGGAUCACUCUUCUGGAAGGAUUUGCUUCAUCAUGGAGCAUCCUUACGGUGUCAAGCUGCUUCAUCAGGUGAUAACUCUUCUUACUACUUCCAAGCUCAAGCUGUCUACGAUCAUGAAGAACCACUUGCUCAGAUAUACCCCCACAUGAGUCUUGUGAUCUCAGCUCCAUUAGAAAUCGAGAAUUUACUCCCCUUUGACUUGGACUAUAGACUCUAUGAUAAACGAACUCGAAAGGAUUGGAGUGGCAGUAUAUCCAAGGGAGUUAAGAGUUAUGUACAUGUAGUAAGUCUCGAUAGUUUAGUACUUCUCAGUGUUGAACCUCGGAACUGUGGGUUUGGGAAAUCGGAAUUUGCCAUUAUCAAUACUCCGCCAAACUCUCAGUUUGAUAGAGAAACUUCUUUGGCAUUGAAACGGACUGACGGUCAAGAACUUCAACUUCAUAUCUACUAUCCUCGACAAACUACUAAUAGUACGAGUGUUAAGGCUGUAGUCUACUGUCCUUAUGUAGUGAUGAAUAGGACAGGUCAGAAUUUAAUGCUUCGAGAUAAUGGUAACUUAACUCACUCCUCAGGAAGAGGUAUUCCUACUAUGUUCUCAUUUGAUGGAGAUCGUAAUCGAGUGCAAUUGAAAAUAGGAGAUUCCACCUGGUCGACUCCCUUAAGUUUUGAUGCUAUAGGACAAACGGCUGAGGUUAAGGCACAAGUAGCUGAUCGUCAAUUAGAGAUGAAUGUAGGGAUCUCUAUAGCUGAAGGAGAAGGUAAAUACAAUUUGAGUAAAGUAGUUACCUUGGCUCCUCGAUAUGUCCUUCGAAAUAUGCUUGAAGAACUGCUUCUGGUAGUUGAAUCAGGAUCUACUCGAACCCAUGAAGUAGCUCUGGGAGAAGUUAUACCUCUCUAUUGCUUAAGACGUAUAGACAGAAAGAGUUUACUUGUGAAAUUAACUCAUGGCUCACGCACAUGGUCUUCUCCUUUCUGUAUAGACGAUAUAGGACAAGUGUUUGUAAAAGUAUACCGAGAAGGAGUAGGUCAAACCCUUAUGAAAGUCCAUAUCUUUACUGAAGAUGCUACGAUCUUUAUUCAGAUUGAGAAUGCCAAUAAUAGCUGGCCAUUCUCCAUUAGAAACUUUACCGAUGCCGAGUUCUAUAUCUAUCAGAGUGAUCCUAAUGUGGAUGAAAAGGGAGAAACCGUAAAGCAUGAUACUCCUUAUAAACCUAUCUAUUAUAAGGUUCCUGCUCGAUCGGUAAUGCCCUAUGCGUAUGAUUAUCCUAAUGGACUCAUCAAGGAAUUGGUGCUUCGAUCUCAUGGUCGAGAGAGAGUCAUUAAUUUGGCGGAAAUCGGGAAUUUAAAACCCUUUAGAUUACCUCCAACCGAGAAUCAAGAACAGACUAUAGUUGAUCUUAAUGUAGUGGCAGAUGGACCUACUCAAUCGCUCAUUAUUACCAACUAUGAUGCCUCUGUCAGCUUGUAUAAGUUACAAGAUAAGGAUAAGACUAGCUCGAGUGUGAGUGUAAGUCAGAACUAUGAAACUACUCAGGAUGAUCAUUACUAUACCCAAAUCAUUACUAACUUUGAAGGUUUAGGGAUAUCGCUCAUCAAUACUCGUCAACAAGAGCUAUGCUACAUAACCCUUCGAGGUCUAGAACUCAGAUAUAAUGAACUGGAUUUGUAUCAGAAUGUCAGUGUUAAGUUGAAAUGGAUUCAAAUUGAUAACCAAUUAUAUGGAGGUAUAUUCCCCAUAGUAUUAUACCCUACUGUAGUGCCUAAAUCAGCUAUUAGUAAAGUAAAGGAUCAAACUCAUGGAGUCCUCUUUAUAAAGUAUGCCACUAUCCUUUUACAGGAGAUGUCUAUAGAGAUUGAUGAGGAUUUCCUCUUUGCUCUAUUGGAUUUCGCCAAGUUUCCAGGUGCUAGCUGGAAUAAUCAACAAGUGGAUAGACUCUGUGACGAGACUCUUGAGAUUCCGGCUCCUAAGAAGUUUGCUAGUGGUGAAGAUAUCUAUUUUGAAGCUCUUCAUUUACAGCCUACUGUCACUAACUUAUCGUUUGUUCGAACAGAACGAGUUAAUGCUGAAGAUAAGGCAUCAUCUCAGAACACUAUUAUGUUCUUCUUUAAUGUACUUACUAUGGCCAUUGGGAAUAUUAAUGAUGCACCUAUCCGAUUGAAUUCUUUGUUCAUCGAGAACUUACGAGCUCCUCUCCCGAUCCUUCAACAAUCUAUUCAAACCCAUUAUGGACAGGAGUUCUUUUAUCAAGUCCAUAAGAUCUUAGGGCUGGCAGAUUUCAUUGGUAAUCCAGUAGGAUUAUUUAGAAACUUACUGAGUGGAGUAUUAGAUGCAUUCUAUGAACCCUGGCAGGGACUCAUGAUGACUGAUCGUCCACAAGAGAUUGGAAUUGAGUUUGCUAAGGGAGGUCUUAGUUUCCUUAAAAAGACAGUGUUUGGAUUCUCAGAUUCCUUUUCUAAAGUUACUGGAUCCAUAGCUAAGGGAUUAACCGUGGCUACUAUGGACUCUAAGUUUCAACAGAGACGUCGUAACUUACGGAGAAAUCGUCCUAAACAUGCCUUAUAUGGUGUAGCUGCGGGAGCCAAUUCAUUCUUUGAAUCUAUAACUAGUGGAGUUACAGGUGUAGCAUUAGCUCCUAUUGAAGGGGCCAGUAAGGGAGGAGUAGAAGGAUUCUUUAAAGGAUUAGGAAAGGGAGUUAUUGGCUUACCUACUAAGACAGCCAUUGGAUUCUUUGAUUUAGCCUCCAAUGUUAGUGAAGGAAUUCGUAAUACAACUACAGUAUUUGAUACUGAGGCCUUGGAUAAAGUAAGAUUACCUCGAUAUAUAUCUCCUGACGGAGUCAUGAGACCUUAUACAGUGAGAGAGGCUCAAGGUCAAUAUUGGCUUAAGAGUAUAGAUGAAGGAGUGUAUAUGAAUGAAGUCUAUUUAGCUCAUUUAUUACUUAGUGGAGAGGAGAUGUGUGUGAUUGUAACUUAUCGAAUGAUUGUCCUCUUUACGGUCAAUACUCUCAGUACCAAAUGGAUCAUUAAGUUUGAACAGAUUAAGGCGAUUUCUAAGGAAAGUACAGGUAUCAGUAUUGGAUUGAAAGUCAGAGAGGGGCCAUUUAUUCCUAUCCCCGAUAAGGCGAAUAGGAACUUUUUGUAUGAGAAGAUAGUGGUGGCGGUAGGCGAGUUUAAUAAGCAUUGUCAAGUAUUUCUAUAG